AUGGUCCAUUCGCCGCUCCGUCUGUCCUGUAUGUUCACAAAAGUGGAAAGAUCGAAGUUCAUUGGCCAAUAUAAAAUAUUCUGCGCACCCCGUCCACUGUCACCAGAAGAUAAAGACCGAAACUUGUCCCGCAGUAGCUUUCGGAACACGAGCGCAUCAUGGCAACUAGUGAGAGCACGCAGGCUCCGUAUGCCGAAGUCGGUAUUGCCUUCCGAGGAAACAGUCGCACCAACUUCAUCAGCUCUGCGUGCCAGAAUAGAUUUAGAGCGACGAGUGCAAAAGUUUUUAUCGAACGACCAGGAC